AUGUUAAGCCCAAAAACUGUCCAAGUUAUCAAAUCAACUGUUCCAGUCCUCGAGCAAUACGGGGUUCAAAUCACAUCAACCUUUUACAAAAACAUGUUUGCUGCUCAUCCAGAACUUUUAAAUAUUUUUAACCAUUCUAAUCAAAGAGAGGGUAAACAACAAACUGCCUUAGCCAAUACAGUCUAUGCUGCUGCUCUUCAUAUCGAUAAGCUACCAGAAAUUUUACCAGCUGUUAAACAAAUUGCCCAUAAACAUCGUGCUCUUGGUAUCGUUCCAGCUCAAUACGAUAUUGUAGGCGCUAAUUUACUCGGUGCUAUUAAACAAGUUUUAGGUGAUGCUGCCACUGACGAAAUUAUUGGUGCUUGGGCUGAAGCUUAUGGUGUUAUUGCUAAAGUUUUCAUUGAUAUUGAAGCCGAUAUGUAUAAAGAUGCCGAAACUCAACCAGGUGGUUGGAAAGAUACUAGAGAAUUUACUGUUGAAAAGAAAGUUCAAGAAACCCCAAAUAUUUAUUCAUUCUAUUUAAAACCAACUGAUGGUCAACCAAUUGCUUCAUUCCAACCAGGUCAAUAUCUCACCCUUAAAGUUCAAAUUGGCGAUAGAACUCAUUUCAGACACUACAGUCUUUCAGAUGGCGACAAUCAAAACGGUUAUCGUAUUUCUGUUAAAAAAGAAAAAGGUGAAGUUGAUGGUGUUAUUUCAAACCAUCUCCACGAUACUAUUAAUAUUGGUGAUAAAGUUUUCUGUACUGCCCCAGCUGGUGAUUUUGUUAUUGACCAAACCAAAGAAGAUUCAGUUCUCUUUUUAUGCGGUGGUGUAGGUAUUACUCCAUUAUUAUCAAUGCUCAAGAACACCAUUAACAAACAACCAAAUAGAAAAUCAACUUUUGUUUUCUCUUCCAAAAACCAAGAAUUCCAACCAUUCAAAGAUGAAUUAAAAGAAAUCAAAGCCAAAAACAAUGAAGCUUUACAUUUAGACAUUAUUCACAGUGACACCCAAGGUCAUGUUACCAAGGAAUCACUCGCCAAAUUAACUGCUCACAUUGACGAUGCUUCAAAGAAAACUACCGAUGUUUAUAUUUGUGGUCCAGUUGGAUUUAUGCAUAGUAUGAAUACUAUUGCUAAAGAAUUAGGUUUCGAAAAAAUCCACUACGAAGUUUUUGGUCCACUCACCAAAAUCUAAAAAAAAAAAAAUUAUAUGUACUAAAUAAUAAUAAUAAAUAUAAAAAUAAAAUCUAUCAUCAUUAAUUUGAUUAUUUUUUAAACUCA